AAGCAGAAGUGAAACCUACUCGGACAUGAAAGAAUUUUGUUUUCAGGUUGUUGGGGUACAGGGAAUUUUAACAGAAAUCUAAGUGACUGUGGGGGAGAGGAAAUGAGAUAGAUAAGUAGUUUUACGGUGAGCUGGUGUUUCUGGUUUUAUUGAGAGAAACAUCUUUUGGCCUUUAGACUGUUUCCACUUCUGUGUGUUUCUGUGGUGUGUUGUGCUCUCAGUUGUGCUGAUAAAACUACUUAUGUUGCCCUUCUCUAAAUCAAAGAGGAGAAUCGACCUGUUUUAAAAGAAAACAAAAUUCACUAUGUUAUUACAUGACUGGGGAGAGAGAAGCUGAGCAAUUUUUUUUUUUUUAACUUUUCAAUUUUUACUUCAGACCCAUUUCCCAGGCUGGUUCACAGCUGUGAUAUGCAUGAGUUAUCACUUAAUUAGAAAUCAUAGCAUACUGCAUUCUGAUGAGAACAAGAUUCCAGCUGGAGUAUCCCCUCCUACUUCUGUUACUGCUGAAGACAUCAGUGCUUGGUUUGGCUGGAACAUGGAACUGUGAGGAAUAAAAUAAGAUGGAUUUAGGAGGCAUAACUACUUAAAUUGGAAGAGAAGCUUUAACAGUUCCUGAGAUUUAGGUGCAGUUCCAGGCUGGACAGUUUGAUUAGAUGAUCUUAGAGGCCUUUUCCAGCCAUAAUGAUUCUGUGGUUCUAUUUUUGUAGUCCUCUAGGCUAUAUAGACAUUCAAGUGAGUAACUAACUGGAAAAAUUUAUGAUUCUGAUUUCCUUCAAGUUUUUUAUGAAUAAAAACUUUUGUAUUACGUAUGGAUUUAAUUUUGUUUAAGAAAAAAAAGAGUGUUUUGAAUAUUUUAGCACAUAACAGAAUAUAAUCUUGUAUCUAAAUAUAAUCUCUCUUGAUUGCCUUCACGGUAUCUUCUGUUUGUUUUUCCUGAGAAAAAUUCUCACCUCAGUUCUUUUUUCUUUUUUUUUUUUUUCCUGUUAAAUGACUGAGUAGAAAAGUUUUGGGGAGCAUUUGACAUUUGCAUUACUGUAAUAGUGAGGAGCAUUUUCCUCUGCUUUAUUUCUCUAGAGUACAAGCUUGAGAUCAUGCUUGGCAGCACCACCUGGCACCAAUCUUGUCCUAGUACACAAGAUGCAAGAGAGCAUUGACUUGGUUCUCCUAGCUCUGGGUAUAAUUUUCCUGCCUGGCUAUAAUUGGAGAAUUAUUCUUCAGUUCAGUGAAUGCUGCCAGUCUGGAGAGAAAUACUUCAGUGGCGCAGGCACAUCUGUUGAAGGCAGAAACGAUGAAUACCAGCUUCUUACAUGUUCACCUUGAAUGCAGUUUACCUAGUGAUGCAUAUCAAAAAGUUAAGAGUUGCUGUUCUAUGUCCGAUGAUCCAAUGCUGCUAGAAAUGAGCUUAACGGUAAGAAUGGAAAAUGCCCAACAAGAUUUUGUGGAGCAAAGACAAUACUUACUGGAGAAUCUUUUUGUAGUUUAUGUAGCAAUGGAAAAAACGAAGACCUCAGGUGAUUUCAUGGUGGAUGUGUACGUCUUGCAUUCUGGAAACAACCGUGUGCAUAUACAGGAAAUAAGGCAGUUGGCGCAAAAAAACAGGACACCUGUGAAAUUUGAGCCAGUACUGCUGUCUUCAUCAUCAACGAACUUUACAAAAGUUGCUUCUAUUUCUUGUAAAGCUGCGUUCUGUGAUGAUGCAAGACCUUACUCUAAUGACAAGAGGAACAGCAUAGUGGAGGGCACUACAGCACUACAAGCCUGCCUUUCCUGUCCUGUGAUGGAAGGGUAUUUUGAUAUCGAUCCUUCUGCAACAAUGUUUCAUAUUGAACCACACCAUAAUAUUUCAGGAUUUUGGUCCGUAUGGUUUACAAACAACUUUGAAUUCAGCAUUGAACUGAAUGACGUCUACAUAUCUGGAGAAACAAAGAACAUCUUAAAGAUUCUGAACUUUGCUGAGCCUUUGACCCUAUCUCCAGGCUGUUGGAAUGUAUUUUCUUUGAAACUUGAUGUGAAAAACAAUGUAACAAAUGUGCUUUCUAGUAUUUGUUUGGCCACCAGUGUGGGAGUGGUGAUUGAAAUACCUCUGCAGAUAUUUUCAACUGUGUCCAAGCAGGCAGACCUUCAUUUUGAAGCCAUUGCCCAUUGUGAUAUUCAGUGUUACCUAGGAAAGUCUGAUUCAGCAAAUCUGCUUUGGCAGAGGAGUCUCUCUCUGGAUCGUUCAGCCUGGGAUGUGGAUUCUGAGCUGGCAAGUGAGCUUUAUGAAAGAUGGCAAAAAAUAAGAUGCGGGGAAGCCUGCAGCAGGAGAAGCAUUCCAGGAUCAACUCGCUUGAUUCACCAGAAGCAGCCUGAAGAGGAGGUGUCGUUUGCCUUUUUCUUGCCGCGGUUGACUGCAGAGCCCAGCCUUACGCUCAGCUUCAAUGCCACAGCAGUUAAAAGUAGCGUGGUAAAGUAUUUCAUACUGAGAAAUCCUUCAUCCUUUCCAGUUGCACUGCAGCUUCUGCCGCUCUCUUACUACCCUGAUCCCCAAGCUUCACUGAGUCUGCUCAGCAAAUGGUUUGGCAUAAAUAUUCAAGCUAUUAAUUUCACCACUACUGAGUUCAAGCUCAUGGAUGAAUAUUCUCACAGGAAUGUACACCAAGAGGAUCUCAUCAGCAAGAAACACAGUUCUGAGCUGCUUCAGUUAAAUUUACGACCACUGGAAACCAGGAAAGUUGGUGUAAUUUUUACACCAGUUGACUACAAAAGAGUGGCAUCCAUUAUUUUGAUCAGAAACAACUUGACUGUUCUGGAUGUGGUCAAUGUAGAAGGCUAUGGAGCCAGAGAAUUACUUAAAGUAGGGGGAAGACUGCCAGGUGCAGGAGGAUCUCUUAGAUUCAAGGUUCCAGAAGCUACGCUGAUGGACUGCAGACGACAACUGAAAGACAGCAAGCAAAUUCUGUCCAUCACGAAGAACUUCAAAGUAGAGAAUAUUGGGCCUCUUCCCAUAACAAUUUCAUCAAUGAAAAUCAAUGGUUACAGUUGCCAAGGAUAUGGAUUUGAGGUGUUAGACUGUCAGGAAUUUUUUCUGGCUCAGAACUCAUCACGGGAGAUCAGCAUCGUAUUCACUCCAGAUUUUACGUCUUCGUGGGUAAUCCGGGAGCUUACACUGGUGACUGCUGCUGAUCUAGAGUUUCACUUCACACUUAAUGUGACUCUUCCUCACCAUUUGUUACCUCUCUGCGCAGACGUGGUGCCAGGACCCAGCUGGGAGGAGUCUUUCUGGAGGCUCACUGUCCUCUUUGUAAGCUUGUCCCUACUAGGUGUGAUUCUGAUAGCCUUCCAGCAAGCUCAGUAUAUUUUAACAGAGUUCAUGAAAUCAAGACAGAGACCAAAUCCUAGUUCUUCAUUGCAGCAGAACGACAACUCUGUUGAUGUCAUCAGCUCUGAUUCUUACAAGGGCAGCUGUAAGACAUUCAUGGAUUCCUAUAGUUCCUCAGAUAAAGGUAAAGGGAAGGGCUUCCUGUCUGUAGGCACUACUUCUAGCAGAAGUCAAAAUGCUGCAAAGAGAAGUCCUGCGACCUACAGCCACUCUCAGAAGAAACACAAAUGUUCAGUUUACUACAGUAAGCAAAAACCAAAUGCAGCAGCUGGCAGUGCCAUUGCAACUACUGAUGAGAAACAAAAUCAGAUUGUGGAGAACCAAAUCUCAGCACCAAAAGAGGACAUUUGCGCUGAUGUUGUCAGUGAGAACUGGGUAACUCUAAAAUAUGCAAAUGGCAUAAAUGUUAACAAGAAUUUAACUCUUCCAGAAAACUUUCUGGGUAAAGAAGAAAGUGCACUGAACAAUACAGUUCUCAUUAAAAGUAGCUCUUCAGAAUGCAAUCUGAAGGAAGAUCUUCAAACAUUUAUGUUUCCUAAGGAAACUAACCUUAAAGCUUCUGAAAAUCUAUCUGAGCUCAAGGAACAGGAGUUCUGUCCUGUGAAGAUGUCUAAGAAGCUACCUGAAAGUCACUUGUCAAGAAGUUCACCUCAGCAACAGCCAGAACUGCAAGAAAUUUCUAGGAAGAAUAGCGGGAAUAACCAGCAAGUGCUUCUCAGGAAUGAAACAGAAAACUGUGAGACCUUAAAAAAGCAGAUCAACAUAAAGCCUUCCACUGAGAAAAAGAUAUUAAAAGGGCGUAAAGAAGAGGAGAUUGCUUCUUUUGAGCAAGAAGAUGCAUUUAGGAAGAAGAAACCUCAAGAGAAAAAGGAAGGAAAUGUACCAAAUACGAAUUGGAAUAGAAACAGAACAUCUCGGAAAAAUAAGAAGAAGAAUGUUAACAUACAUACAAGGGUCCCCGAGCAGAGUGAGUUGAAGCAUCUGUGCAGUGAAUAUGAAAGACUGGACGUGAGAGCGAAUAUUGGAAUAAGAGCUUGGUGUCCUCAGGGUGAUGGGGAAAAUUGUAAAGCAGACCAAAAACCUGGGAGCUUGUCUGUACAGGGAGAAACAGAAAGGUUUUAUCAACGGUCCAAAAAGAAGUGUUUGGAGAAGUUUUGUUCUGAUUCAAGCUCAGACUGCGGAAGUUCAUCAGGAAGUGUUCGUGCCAGUCGUGGGAGCUGGGGUAGCUGGAGCAGUACCAGCAGUUCUGAUGGAGAUAAAAAGCCCAUGAUUACUGCCAGGCAUUUUCUUCCAUCCCGGGAGAAUAUUUCACAAAACGAUUUUCCAUCUGAAACUCCUAUCACUUUAAAUCUGUCUCAUAACAUCUGCAAUACCAGCAGAGACUUGAAUAGCAUUCCUCAGUAUCCUGAUACCUUGUGUCCCAAUUUCACUGAUAUAGCUGCAGAUCCUGAAAAGAAUAAAGGUCUUUAUCCAGGAGGAGACUUGUGGCCUCCCCAGCCCAUCUGCCUGACAAACUACAAUCUUGAGAAUAAUCUGCCAUGCAUGAUCCAAGAAACACCCUCAAUCCACAACAGCUUCAUUGACUGGAAUGCAACUUGUGACAGCCAGUUUUCCAACAUGUAUUGUCCAUUAGAGAUGAAUGAAUAUGGUGCUAUUCCAGAAGAAAAUAUGAACUACUCCAGUGGCUUCCCGGGCACAGCUGCGAUGCAGAACACAGCCUUCAUUGACCAGAGCUGCCCCUCCACCUGGAAUGCACCGCAGAACAUGCCGCCUACCUGGGAGCCCGCCAGUUAUGUCAGCUCCACACCUUACCUCUCGAGCACCCGAAGCUUGUCUCCAAUGUCUGGACUUUUUGGUUCCAUCUGGGCACCGCAGAGUGAUGCCUAUGAAAGCUGCUGCCCUGUCAGUGCCACGACCCAGCACUCAACCCAUGUCGAGAACCAAGCUGUUAUGUGUAAGCAGGAAUACUAUCCGAGGUUUAACCCAUUCCGUGCCUACAUGAACUUGGACAUAUGGACUACAGCAGCAGCCAACCGAAAUCCAAAUUUCCCACUUUCGAGGGACUCGGGUUACUGUGGAAAUGUGUGAAAGGAAUUUGAUUUAAAAAUGUGAAUAAAGAUGCUUGCAAUUUUGAUUACUAGAGUAAGCUGGUUGUUGAAUAGAUUACAAUGUUGGUGGAUAUUUUGGCACUUUUAUAUUGAAAAUAAAUUUUUUUUACUGAA